AUGCUCGAGAAAGACGUGGAGAAAACAGCGUUCCCGACUACUAAUGGGCAUUAUGAAUUCUUGGUUAUGCCUUUUGGCCUAACUAAUGCACCAGCUACUUUCCAGGCACUUAUGAACGAGCUAUUCAGACCGUUCUUGGGACACUUUGUACUGGUGUUUUUUGACGACAUUUUGGUGUUUAGUCCGACACAAGAGAAACACGAAGAACAGUUGAGGAUAGUGAUGGACAUCUUUGUGGAGAAUGCAUUGUUUGCGAACAAUAAAAAGUGUCUUUUUGGCCAGAAUCAAGUGGAGUACUUGGGUCACAUCAUAUCCGAUCAAGGAGUGGCUACAGACCCAUCAAAAACUGAAGCGAUGAAAGGUUGGCCAUCACCAAAGAACGUGUAA